AUGAUUCAAAAUUAUUGCUUCGUACUAUUAUUCGUUUGUCUAACAUGUACAUUUAUUAAUGGAGAAACUAUUUCUCAAUCAAAUGUUAUUGUUCGUGUCAGUAACAUGACUGAAUCAAUGAAACAAGAUGCAGUACGUAUUACUAAACAAGCAUUUAUUAAAUUUAAUGGAUAUUCAGAGAAAUCCCGUUCAACAUUAGCGAAAUAUAUUCGUUUUGAAUUCGAUAAAUUACAUAAUCCAUCAUGGCAAUGUAUACUCGGAAAAGAUUUUGCACUUUCAAUUACUACCGAAAAUCAAAAACGUAUUAUACUUGAUGUUGGUAAAGUUGCUGUACUUAUUUUUAAAGGAAAAUGUUAA